AUGGUGUGCCGCCGUCCCCAUCCAGCUCUGGUUCCAGACUGCAUGAUGCCCAAUGUGGUCUGCUUUAGCUCUCCCAUCCUCCAAAGCACUGGGAUUCUAGAUCUUACAGUCUUCAGCUUUUUCUCAUUCUCGAGUUCACACUUUCCUACUCUUUCUUCUUCACAGUCUCCAAAGCUGUCUGGUUCUAAGGCUCACAACUUCCAACCCCCUCUGGCGCAGGACCACCAGAAUCCUCUGCUUCCAGAACUCACUCUGCCUUCCUCUGGUUCUAGAGCUCUUCCCACACUUCUCCCUUGUUCCCAAUGGCACAUGCUCCCACUCCUGCUGAUUCCAGCUCUUAAGACCAAAGAUUUCCUCUGA